AUGCGUUAUUAUAGAAUAUUUAUAGCAAUUACGAUUGCCUUCAUAUUUGGUAUUGUUUUGAUAUUCAACAAUUAUCAAACGUUUUCGUACUCUCAAAUCAUAUUAGCCUACAAAAAAAAUUCAAUUGAAAAAGUUCUCGUACAAAUCCCUACGUGUACUCCCGAUGAUCGUGCUCGUCAACGUGCCCUGCUCCAUACACUUCUACAAUGGAGUCAGCUUGCUCAAGAACAUAACAUUCAAUAUUGGAUUGCAUAUAAAACACUUCUUGGUUAUGUUCAACGCGAUGGUUUACUGCCACAUGCUCUAAACCUUGAUAUUUUAGUAAUGGCACAAGAUACAUCGCAUCUUGCUGAACUUUGUACAUUAAAUUUUUCAUCCAAUUAUGAACUGAAACUUCAUCCACAAUGGUUUAUUGUUGAAAAAACUAAGCGUUCGUAUUUCAACCAGGAAGGCAUCGAUUUUGUGGAGCCUAAUGCACGAUUCAUCAAUCGAAAAGAUCAUGUACACAUCAAUAUUUGGCCUAUGUAUGAUUAUAACCCGAAUCAGACAAGAAUAGAGAAGAAUAGUCAACCUAUGCUUACUGAAUACGACAAAAAUUAUAAAUGGAAAUCAUCACCAAAAGAAUGGACAUUCCCAUUGCAGAAAUGUUUAUUGAGUGGAAUCAAAGUAUGGUGCCCAGCAGAACCAGAGAAAAUGGGUGUUCAUCUGUAUGGACAAAGCUUUUUAAUUAAAUCGCNUUUGGCCUAUGUAUGA